ACAGUCAGAAUCGGCCACGUAUUAAGUGCCACUUCCAACCAAUCAAGAAGAAGUUACCUCAGACCUUUGGAGGGGCAUCCACUUCCACCAAUGAUCUUCAAGUCUUCUCGAGCGCCUCAUUUUUUGAGGGGCGAGGCCAACCGCAGCGAUGGCCAAUCUGCUCCGGGAAAAUGUAUUCCGGUACUGCGAAGUCUACCAAUCAGUUGAGAGGAUUGCAGGGAGGGGCGAUUCUCAUUGGUAACCGCGUCCGGAAGAGGGCCGGGCCUCGGUAGAGGGCACUACGACUUGAUUGGCAGGCGUGAUGUUGACAUCCGGGGAAAGCCCACCUUCUCCAAGAACACCAGCCUAGGUCUCCAGAGUGACGGAGGCCGCAGCCAAUCAGGGGGGUGACGCGCGGAAAGUUUGUUCAAUGGGCGAUGAUUGAGGGAGGCUGUCACUCAGGUGGCGGUGGCGGAGGCCGGGCUAAGACGUGGCCGGUGGAGCUCCGCUCGGCUGUCCAGGCCGUCGGGACGGCGACGGGGUGCCUAGCGCGUCCUCGUCCUGGUCGGGCGCUUCCAGCAGCGGGAGAGGCAGGCGCCGGCGGCUGCACCUCCAUGCUCGCACGCGGGGCGGGACGCUGAUGGAGCGCGCCACCCGCCCGGGGCCGCCCGCGCGGGCUCUGUUGCUGCUGCUGCUGGGACUAGCGGCUGGCGCGGUGGCCGCGGGGCGCGCCUCCGACCUCCCCGCGUCUAAGGCGGAGGCGGUGUUCGGCCUGGGGGCAGCGGCCGCUCCCACUUCUGCAGCGCGGGUGCCGGCUGCAGGGGCCGUGGCUACGGCAGAAGUGACGGUGGAGGACGCCGAAGCUGUGCCGGCGGCCGCUGUGGACCAGGAGCCGCGGGACCCGGAACCCGAUGACGAGGCCGACCUAAGGCCGCGCGGCAGAUCAUUAGUGAUUAUCAGUACUUUAGAUGGGCGAAUUGCUGCCUUGGAUCCUGAGAAUCAUGGUAAAAAGCAGUGGGAUUUGGACGUGGGAUCCGGUUCUUUGGUUUCAUCCAGCCUCAGCAAACCAGAGGUAUUUGGGAAUAAGAUGAUCAUUCCUUCUCUGGAUGGAGACCUCUUCCAGUGGGACCGGGACCGUGAGAGCAUGGAAACAGUUCCUUUUACAGUUGAAUCACUUCUUGAAUCUUCUUAUAAAUUUGGAGAUGAUGUUGUUUUGGUUGGAGGAAAGUCUCUCACUACAUAUGGACUCAGUGCAUAUACUGGAAAGGUGAGGUAUAUCUGUUCAGCUUUGGGUUGUCGCCAGUGGGAUAAUGAUGACAUGGAACAAGAAGACAUCCUGCUUCUGCAGCGCUCCCAGAAAACUGUUAGAGCUGUCGGACCUCGCAGUGGCAACGAGAAGUGGAAUUUCAGUGUUGGCCACUUUGAACUUCGGUAUAUUCCAGACAUGGAAACUAGAGCCGGAUUUAUUGAAAGCACCUUAAAGCCCAGUGGGAACAAAGAAGGGUCUAAAAUUAUUUCAGAUGUGGAAGAACAGGAAGCUGCCAUGAUGGACACAGUGAUAAAGGUCUCAGUUGCUGACUGGAAGGUUAUGGCGUUUAGCAAGAAGGGAGGACAUCUGGAAUGGGAAUACCAGUUUUGUACUCCCAUUGCAUCCGCUUGGUUAGUUAAGGAUGGAAAAGUCAUUCCCAUAAGUCUUUUUGAUGAUACAAGUUAUGCAUCUAGCAAUGAAGUUUUAGAAGAUGAAGAAGACAUUGUAGAAGCUGCCCGAGGAGCCACAGAAAACAGCGUUUACCUGGGAAUGUACAGAGGUCAGCUGUAUCUGCAGUCAUCAGUCAGAAUUUCAGAAAAGUUUCCUACAAGUCCCAAGGCCUUGGAAUCUGUCAAUAAUGAAUAUGAACUUAUGCCUUUGCCAACAAUCAAAUGGAAACCCUUAAUUCAUUCUCCUUCCAGAACUCCUGUCUUGGUGGGGUCUGAUGAAUUUGACAAAUGUCUCAGUAACGAUAAGUUUUCUCAUGAAGAGUACAGUAAUGGCGCGCUUUCAAUCUUGCAAUACCCAUAUGAUAAUGGUUAUUAUCUACCAUACUACAAGAGGGAGAGGAGCAAACGGAGCACACAGAUCACAGUCCGAUUUCUCGAUAACCCAAAUUACAGCAAGAACAUUCGGAAAAAGGAUCCUGUUCUCCUCUUACACUGGUGGAAAGAAAUAGUUGGAACUAUUUUGUUUUGUAUCAUAGCCACAACUUUUAUUGUGCGUAGACUUUUCCAUCCUCAUCCUCACAGACAAAGGAAGGAAUCUGAAACUCAGUGUCAAACUGAAACUAAAUAUGAUUCUGUCAGUGGAGAAGCUAAGGACAAUAGCUGGAAUGACAUAAAAAAUUCUGGAUAUGUAUCACGCUAUCUAACAGACUUUGAACCAGUUCAGUGCAUGGGUCGUGGUGGGUUUGGAGUCGUCUUUGAAGCCAGAAACAAAGUAGAUGACUGCAAUUAUGCUAUCAAGAGAAUACGCCUCCCCAACAGGGAGUUGGCUCGGGAAAAGGUAAUGCGAGAAGUUAAAGCCUUAGCCAAGCUUGACCAUCCAGGGAUUGUUAGAUAUUUCAAUGCGUGGUUAGAAGCACCACCAGAGAAGUGGCAAGAAAAAAUGGAUGAAAUUUGGCUGAAAGAUGAAAGCACAGAUUGGCCGCUCAGCUCUCCUAGUCCCAUGGAUGCACCGUCAGUUAAAAUACGCAGAAUGGAUCCUUUCUCUACAAAGGAACAUAUUGAAAUCAUAGCUCCUUCUUCACAAAGGAGGUCUUUUUCAGUAGGGAUUUCCUGUGGCCAGACGAGUUCAUCUGAGAGCCAGUUCUCUCCGCUGGAAUUUUCGGGAACAGACCAUGCAGAUACCAGUGAGUCCGUGGAUGCAGCGUGCAACCUCCGGGAUAGCUGCCUCACGGACUGCGAUGUGGAAGAUGGUACUAUGGAUGGCAAUGACGAGGGACACUCCUUUGAACUUAGUCCUUCUGGAGCUUCUCCUUACGAAAGGUCAAGGGAGAGAACAUCCUCUUCUAUAGUAUUUGAAGAUUCUGGCUGUGAUAACGCGUCCAGUAAAGAAGAGCUCAAAACGAAGCGACUGCAUAUGGGCAACCAUUGUGCGAAUAAACUAAGUGCUUUCAAGCAUUCCAGUAGCGAGUCUUCUUCCGAACCAAGUAUCUCUGUCUCUCCUCCAAGACCGACCACUUUAAGUCUAGAUCUCACCAAAAACACUGCAGAGAAACUCCAGCCCAGCUCCCCGAAGGUGUAUCUUUACAUUCAGAUGCAGCUGUGCAGAAAGGAAAACCUCAAAGACUGGAUGAACAGCCGCUGCACCAUAGCGGAGAGAGAGAGGAGCGUGUGUCUGCACAUCUUCCUGCAGAUCGCAGAGGCCGUUGAGUUUCUGCACAGUAAAGGCCUCAUGCACAGGGACCUCAAGCCUUCCAACAUAUUCUUUACAGUGGACGAUGUGGUCAAGGUUGGAGACUUUGGAUUAGUGACCGAAAUGGACCAGGAUGAGGAAGAGGAGAUGGUUCUGACCCCGAUGCCAGCCUAUGCCAGACACACAGGACAAGUGGGGACCAAACUGUAUAUGAGCCCAGAGCAGAUUCAUGGAAACAACUACUCUCAUAAAGUGGACAUCUUUUCUUUAGGCCUCAUUCUGUUUGAAUUGCUAUACCCAUUCGGCACUCAGAUGGAGAGAGUCAGGGUCUUAACGGAUGUAAGAAAUCUCAAAUUUCCACCACUGUUUACUCAGAAAUAUCCCCGUGAGUAUGUGAUGGUUCAAGACAUGCUCUCUCCAUCCCCCAUGGAACGCCCAGAAGCUACCACCAUCAUUGAAAAUGCUGUAUUUGAAGACCUGGAGCUUCCAGGAAAAACAGUACUCAGACAGAGGUCUCGCUCCCUGAGUUCAUCGGGAACAAAACAUUCAAGACAGUCCAGCAACUCCCGGAGCCCUUUGCCAAGCAAUUAGCCUUAACUUACGCUCGCGUCCCAAACAGGUGACACAGAACAGCCUCGGAGGAAUGUGGCUCUCCAGAAUUGUGAACUUGAAAAUUUUGUUCUUUGCUCAAUUUUAUUUUGGACUACUUUUCUAAGUCAUGUUUAAACUGGAUUUGGGGGCAUAACCUAAUUUGAGCCAAUGCUGUACUGCUGAACUCCAGGAGAGGGCAAUCCGUAAAUCACGUGUGCUCCUUUUUCUUCAGUGGUCUCUUGAAACUGGCUGGCCAAGCUUGAUAGCCCUCACCUUUGCCUGGGGAGGUAGAAACAAUCCCUAAAAUAUAAAGAGAGAAUUCAAAAGGAAAUAUUUUUAUAGUACAGAAGAGAGUUCCUACAUGUGGUAACUAUAUUGUUCUAGAAAUAUGCUUUCUAGAGACAAGAUGAUGAUUUUGAAACUAAUUUCCAAAAAAGCUGACUCCAUUUUUAUCCUGGUGUGUAAAUGGAGAAAGAAUCCGCACUAUUUUGGAGGACGAGUAGCACAAAUUGUGUGAUGGUUUAUGUCCAUAGCUAGUUUUAUAGUGAUAUUUGUAGCAUUAAAUAGCUUUAUUCCUUAGAUGAUUCUAGGGACAGUUUAAGAGCUUUUUUGUACUUUUACCUCCAAUAAAGGGAAAAUGAAGCUUUUUGUGUAAAUUGGCCAAAAGUUCUGGUUUGGGGAAGUAAAAAGCCGUAGUAAGACAUGAAUCAUAUAUUACAACUAACUUCUUGAAUUAUGGACCUUUUAAACCUAAUGAAAUCACUGUUUUAUGUGUAAUCCUGUAGGUUGGUAUUUUCCAAAAGUGAUUAUAGAUAACAGUUUCAUCAUCUAACUUGCUAACAUGUUUUUAUUUUUCACUGUAAAUAUGUUUAUUUUUUAUUUAUAAAAAUUCUGAACUCAAUCCAUUUGGGUUGGUGGUGUACAGAACGCACUUAAGUGUGUUAAGUAUUGUGACUUCUUUCAAGUCUAAAUGAUUUAAUAAAACUUUAAAAAAAUA